UGACUAUAACGUCACUUUCCGUCGACGGUCGCAACAGGAAGUCCUUUUGUCGGCUGAUUUUGAAGUGGACAAUCUCAUUCACCGUUCUUCAGCAAUAAAAUGUACUACAAAUUCAGUGAUUUUACUCAGAAACUGACGGGGUCUGCUCCUUUAGCCGCCUACAGCCCUCAGGGUCUGAGGCUGGGUGUACCAGCAGAGUCCCCCGCCAUGAUCUUUGCCACACCCACCAAGUUGGUGUCAGAGGCUCAGGCUACGGUGGAGUACCUGGGAGCAAACAAGGUUCCAGACUUCCAGAGGCUAUUCCAGGCAUCAGAUAGUAUCCCUGUUCAUCUGAAGCGUGGACUUCCCGACAGGCUACUGUACCGCACCACUAUGGCUCUCACCUUAGGGGGCGCUCUCUACUGUCUGGUGGCUCUUUACAUCACAGCCCAGCCCAGGAAUAAGUGACCAACACAAAGCCACGAUCUUUCUGUAACACUUCCCAACUUGUCGCUGCUGUAGUACGUGGUUCCAGCGUUCACAGCCUUCAUGUGCCCUUGCCGUGCCCCCUGCUGGGUCACUUGGAUAAGAAAUGAUCACUGUUAGGACAGCACACCAAUGAUAACAAGAAUACUGUCUGUCUUCUUUGUAGAAAGAUUGUCUAAGUUAAUAAAUUUUCAGGAGAAACAAAUGUAAAAGUUCAGGUCUUUCCCAUUUUGUUGGUCUGUUAUGCUAUGUCACUGUCAUUAUUGCAAAUCAACCAACAGAUGCACAAACAUUAUGUAUGAAACUGUUUAGAGAGCUGCGUUGUCUCCCUCAGCUUUUACAUAGGCCAAAAUAGAGGUGGGGAUGUAAUGAUUUGGCAUGUGAUAAGCAUGUGUGUGAGACAGAGCACAUCCCUUCCAGAACAUAGCUGCUGCUCACUUGGUUUAAGUACUGUCUCAUACAGUAUUUAUAUGUGUGGGCCCUGGUGUGAUGUCAGAUGCUCCUUGCUGAUUUUGGAGGGAGGGGGGAGGUUGUUUCAGACAGACAUGUUGGCAGUCCCACAUCAAGCUGCUGCAACACUCAGUUGCUUGUGCUUUUUUUCUCUCAUGUGCAUGCUGUUUUUUUUUUUUUUUUUUAAAUUUGAUUUUGAUAUUUUUAUGAGCAACAUGAUACUUGUGCAGGAAUUGGCAUAAUGUAAGGAGUUGUAGCCUGUUUUACAGGCAAAUACACAGCGGUAGAAGGGGUAUUCAUAUUGUUUACUGAAGUAAAAGUAGCAACUGUAUUCAAAAUUUUACUCGUGCUUAGAGAGGAGUCGAGGAAACACAUUUAGCGAUGUGACGUUCUUUUCUUUGAUCCUUCCUCUGAAGCGUCCAUCUGAGCUAAAUGAAGUUCCUACAUUGUUUGUGAUGUGGACACAAAACCCCUUGAUUGAAUUAAAGCUGAGACUAUUAGAAUAUUAA